CUUUGUUAUUAUUCAGCUAUGAAUUUAGUUAUACUAGAUUAAAUAUACGAGUGGGUUUUUUGGUUUCAAUACCUUUUUUCUGAUGGCACUUAAGUGAUGUGUACUCGAGGUUAUGAUAUUCAUGAUUGCACAAAUCUAUCAGAAAAACCAUCAUGGAACAAGAAGUUCGAAGUAGCGAUAUCUUCACCAUGUUGGCAAGCUUAAUAGAUCCACAGUCUGGUGGCUUACAAAGCAGUCAAAACAAUAAUAAUAACAGUAAUCCCACCAUUCCUAUGCAUAUCAGUGUAUCCCAAGCAGAUUCAACGGAAAGUCAGGUUGGAAUGAGUUCAACUAUGUUGAAUAUUGCAUGUCAGGCUUCAACAUCAAAUGAAAUGUCUGGUUUAACAAGAUCUGUAGCUAAUAAUGGAAUUGCCGGUAUGGAAAGGAUGUCGGCAUUUAUGCAUUCAAAUUUUGGAAACCCGGGCAGUAGCAUUGAUGCUAUUUGCACUGGACCACUUCGAGAUGCAAUUUAUGAGUCUGCUAGCCAUCUGGGAUCUGUACCUGAGAUCAGCAGUGGUUUGAAUUCCAGAAUAUCUCAAUAUGCCCCAAACACGAUGGAUUUCACAAGUUCACAAAAUCAUGCUGCAAUAAUGGAAGCUUUAAACACUGUUGACACUGCUGCUAGUUUUCCAGAACAGCACAAUGAGAGGUUCUCACAAUCUUAUGUAUCUUUGCUUCAUCAACAAACUGUAACGACCGGUAGUGGUCGCUGGACUGGUGAUCAGUCAUCGACUGGGUUAACAAGCUCAAGAAGACAGAAUGGAAAUGCUGGUGUUUCAAAGCAACGCGUAGUCAGUUCAAGAAGUUCCGUUGUAAAUGACCAUCAUUCUUCUGCAAGCAAUAUUCAAUCGACUGCAAAAAUUAAGGUGCAAAAUUCUUCGCACCACUUUCCUGCCAAUACAGAAGGUCGUAACAUGCACAAUUCUGAAAAUCGAACAGGGAGGGGAAACAUAGAAUCACAUCAAUCUGCUAAUCUCCAUAGCAUUCAAAUGAAUCCUGAGGAUGUGAUAGAGGACCGCAGUAAAGAAAAGAAACUGACAACAACGCCGAUUCCAUCCGAUGCUGACAAAUCCAGCUGCAGUAGUACUUCCUCGGGUAGCAUCAGCGGCCCAGAACAUUCUCCCGAGCAUGUAACAGAUCAUCAUGUGUCUUCAAGCAGAAUCGAUUUAUUUCAACAUCAAGUUGAAAACAAUAAGAAAAAUUUUAGCAACAGCCAUGCAUAUCAGGUUAAUCAGGAAAGCCACACUGCAUCAUUGAAUGGGGGUAACUCUAAAAACUAUCCUUGCUAUGGCAACAUGAAUGUGCUGAAUUUUGGAACUAUCAAUUUUUCUCCAGUUAUGGGCAAUACAGCUACGGAUUUAGGUAAUGGAAUUAGACCGAUCAACAACCAGAAUGAAUCUGCUAUCGCUUCAAACAACGCUUUAUCAGAAACACCAGGAGAGAACAUAUUUGAAGGUGCAUUGCCAUCUUCUAACAAACAAACUGAACCAAGGGUUGGUAUCCCUGGAAAAAGCGCUCUUUCUAGUGCCAGCUCUUAUGCACAAAUGCAAACUGUUUCUGUCGUUCCCCAACUAUCCAAUGUUUCUCAUCUUCCAUCACAUAAGUCUAAAAAGUCUGCGAAUAUCCAAAUUGAUCCGAAAACAAAUACAAUUUCAGAAAUGGCUGGCAUGGGUUCAUCAUUAUUGGAUAAGCAUAGAGAAAAACAAAAAAAGAAUCGAAAUCAAAAACAUAAACUUGUGCAACAGAGGAGUUUUCAACAAGAGGUACUUGGGCUGGGACAAAAUAUUCUUAGUGGUGGCGGCAUUGGACAAUCCAGUAAUUUAAAACCAAAAAUGAAUGCAGAUCCAACUAAAAAGAACAACCCAAACAGCCAAUCAUAUCAAAUGAAUUGGAUGACACAACCGGGGAUCUUACCACCCCAUAUGAAUAUUGAUCAGUUAAAAGCAGCUGGCCAACAUUUCAGCAUUCCUGUGAGUUCUACAAGAGAAGGUGUUAAUAAACCUAUUAAAAAUAGUACAAUGGAUGUGUAUAAACCUGGAAUGGCUCCGAAAAAGCCACGUCAAUGGCAAACUGUUACUGCAGUUCAAGGCCCCAAACUUCCUCCUAUGCUUUCGGAGCAAGAUCGCAUACCAAAACGUGGACGACCAUCAAAGAAAAUGAUGCAGCAGAAUUUAAAAGUCAAAAAAGAUGCAGAAAAAGAGAAACCACCUUUGACUCUUACACAGAUACCAGUUGCCCCUAAACCUGAAUCAUCACAAUCGCAGCCAACUCAACCGCCCACAAAUCUUGUUUCAAUGUACACGAUCAAUGAUAAGGGGCAUAUGGAGGAAAUUGCUCCCAAGGUGAAAGAGAAUAGAAGAAGUAAAGAGAGAACACAAGCUUUUUUAAAAUUUCUUGAUGAAAUUAAGUCUGCUUCCAAACAACAAAUGAUUGUAAAUCCUAAGUUUAGCGAGAAGGCAAAAACAAGUACAGAAAAAAGUGUAAAAAGAAAACCGCGGGCUAGAACGAAAGUAUUUGGUCGUCCUGUGUCUCAGCCACUCACUGACAGUGGCAUCACCGAAACAAUGUACACAUUUUCUGCUCUUGCUCAUCAGUAUAAAAUUUCAAGUUCAAUUGUUGAAAGAGCAACAGAAAACUUGCUGAAAUCCGCAGCGUUAAAAAGAAACAAAGAGCAGAGCUCUAUGUUGGCUGUGCAACAGCGUACAAGUGACAAAAACAAAGGUGCUAUGACAAAAAAUUCUAAAAGUAGUAAUUUGUCAGCUGCUAGUCACUGUGAAAUGACUAAAACCAGUUCAAGCCAGUCAGUUACCAGUUCUGCCGUACCAGUACCUAAAGUGGCUGCUGAUAAAAUACCCAUCACUUCAUUCAAAAAGGUUCGUGAUUCCGGUGAAACCAGAAGUGCAGAAUUAAUUAGCAGCACUACCAGCAAUUCUGCGAAUAAACCAAUAAACAAUAGCAGUAGCCAAAAUGUAGUGGGAAACAACAUCACUACUACCAGUUCAGUUCAUGUGAAUAGCAAUAAACCACAAAUUGCAGUCGCUCAAAAUAUAAAUGAAAACGAAAAUGUACCUAUAGUAGUGACAGAAAAUGCAGCGGAGUUUUCGACCAACGUUAACAAGGGUAAACACAAAAAGAAGAAACACAAAAAGCACAAGAAACACAAACAUCCGGAUAUAUCUUCAAGCAAGAAAAAGAAGAAAGAUAAAGAAAAGAAAAAGAAACUAAAGAAAAAGUUCAAAACAAAGCUAGGCUACAGUCUAACACCAUCAUCAAGCGUUUCGCUUGUAAAACCACCAACCAAACCGCAACUUGGUUCCGAGCUUGAUAUACCAGAUUUCCAAAACAUUGCACAGAAAGAACAAGAAGCAAAAUCUGGACUUUUAGCCCAAGGCAGUAACGAGGCAUUUUCAUUGAAUUUCAGGCAAUCUGACAGAACAGAUAAUUCCAAUCCGUGGCAACAGGAUGAUAUCGGUCAUGAUAUUGAUGACAGUUCAUCAGAUGAAGCGAGUGUAUCGCCUGAAUCUUUGGUGGAUAGAUCUUCGGAAUCGUUUACGACUUCUGCUUCCACAAAUGGCUUAUCAUCAUUUGCACAAUACAGUAAUUCAAGAAUAGGAUUUGGUACUUUUUCUGCUGAUAAAUCGUCUGUCAGUACAUACUUUCAAGAUAAAGGUGUUAUGGUUCCUGCCCUGGUUUCACCUACAGCUGAUCAUUCCGACUCUUUCACAACCCAAAGUCAGACACAAACCACCAAGAAGCACUCAAAACACAAAAAGAAGAAAUUUUUUCGAAAGUCUAAAAAUAUUUGUGACCCGGCCUUUCUUGUCAUUUUGGAUGAACUUCUCCAAGGUUUUGAGCAUCUUAAGUUAGGACCACUGCGAAAGCAACAACGAGAUCGUCAAUCAACUUCAAACACAAAUGUAUUUUUUUCCAUUGGUGUUAACGACUCUUCUCAGAACAAACUUCGGAUAUUUCGCAAUAUAACUACUAUAGCUAGGAGUGAGAGGGGAUCAAAUGUUGUCAAAGGAACGGUGUUUAAUUCAAGCAAUGAAUCGGUGAAAGUGUCAAGUUUAAAGCCGGUUUCUGAUAGCUCGCUGAAUAGGUCUUCUUCUAAAAACAACACGAUUUUCUCGUCUCCAACAUCAAGCAUUCAGCCUGAAAAUCAUCAAACUGGGAUGGUCGAGGUAACUAAAAGUAUCGCAACGUCCAACUCCUUGCCAAACAACACCAAACACGUUCAUCAAGGUGAUAUAUCUUCUCAAAAUACACAGGGUGCGAUUGUGCUAACUAAAAGAAAAAGAGGGUGGCCCAGAGGUAAACCAAGAGGUCCAAAAGCAAAGAAAGGCAAAGUUUCAUCAAAGCUUGCCAAAUCAAUCCAGAAGACCACCAACAACUUGCCAAAUCACAAAUCCAAUUCCAUCAAUAUUUCUCCCAGGUCAAAUGACUCGUUAGGCAUUGCUGUUAAAAAGAUAAGCAAAAAAACAAAUGAUUCUGAAGUAUCUCCAAGACCUAAUGUACCAACAGCUAAAUAUGAUUCAAAAUCACUAAGCAAUAUUCCAGCCCAUUCAGAAGCGGAUAAUACUUCUUCUAAAGAUACUGUAUCCCAGGGUAAAACUAUUGAAAAUACAUUCAAUGACAAAGUUUUAGGUGAAUCACUUAUGCAGCAAAUUAGAAUGGCAAUUGAAGCCAGUCUUCCAUCAACAAUAGACAAAGAUGCCAUAACUAAAUCUGUGGAUGUGGCAGUGCAAAAUUAUCUGGAUAAUAUGAAUAAAACCCAACAAGAGGAUUUUGGCAACAAAAUUUUAACUCAAGCCAGUAGUACUUUAAGUGAAAAACAAAGUGGUUCAAGAGCACAAGUUUUUACGAGUGUGUCACCAAAACUCAAUGCUGACAAACAUCCAAAGAAAGUUUGGGCUUGCAAACAUCAAGAUACUGAGGUCAUCAAGACCUCAGACAUUGUCCCAGUUACACCUAAAAAACGUCCAGGUAGGCCACGCAAAAACCCAUUAAAUGUAAGCUCCGAUUCUGCUCAAGGUACACAUCAAGUUUCUCAAACGUCACUCCAAAAAGAAUCAUUUAGUGAUAUCAGCCAAGGAAAAGUUCCAACGACCAGUGCCACAGUGAUUCCAAGAAAAGGGAUAAUAUCUGCUAUCCGACCGCAGAGCAAACGUUUGAAACCUACCGCGAGAAAACUUGUUGCUCGUGCUAGGAGCGAUAUCACCAGGCGAACAGCUUCAAAUUUACCUGCUCCGUUCCAUAAUGAACCAAUGUCGAAGGAAGAUGCUUUGGUUUCUCUAAAAGCAAUAAGUUCAUCUAAAGCAGUUAAAAUGAAACUAGUGAAAGGUUAUUUAAGCGAUUUUGAGCCAGGAUUGUAUUCAGAAUCUGAUGUGGAAGAUCAUAUGAAAGAAAUAAUAAACAUUACUGUUGAAAUGUACACAUGGGACGUAUACAAAGAAUUCGAAAAAGCUUGUUUUGAGGUUGAAAGAGAAAUGGGAUUUAUGGAUGACUCCGAUUUAGGUAAACCUAAAAAUCUCGCUGUAAAGAAAAGCAUCGAAUCAGUCGUUGAAAAGUUAAAAAACAAACAAGCACAGAAUAUACACAGUGUUGCGACUGUUCUACUUGAACUACAUGAUGCACCCAAUGAUGACAGAACUCAAGAAUUUGAAAAUGUUUCUGACGAAGAAAUAAAUUCACAUGAGAGGUCUAUUCUUAAGAAAAGCUCCAAUCAAAAUAUUAACAAGGUGAAAAAAAACGACAAUCUUGCCAGAACUGUUUCAAUAAAACGUCCUCGUGGAAGACCAAGGAGAAUAGUAGAAGGAGAGACUCCGGUGAAAAAAAUGAAAAUUUUGAGCGAGGAUAAGAAGAAAAGAAAAUUAGAGAAAGAAGAGAAAAAACAGGCAAAAAACAAACAUCACAAACAAGUCAAGAUAUCUGCAACAAAUACAAGUAAAGAGGAGUCGAAUCCCCAAAUUUCUACGAAAAAACCCGUUUUGCAAGCUGGUUUAUAUUCUUCAACAUUUAAGAAAAAUCAGAAAAGCAGCAUAAGUUCAGCCAAGGAUCCUGCCAAUUUAUCACCUAAGCUUCCUCCACCAUAUGAUGCCGGUCUUUAUUUUCGUUCAACUUUAAAAGAUUUUCAACUUCCGUACGAUGUAUGGUGGAUGUAUAAGCAUAAAAAAAUAACUGUCAGUCAGAAUCCAUCAACUUCGUUCGUGAAAAUCACAAAAAAUAUUUACACCGGUUCACGACCCUCUGUCGAUGCAAGUGAUCAAAUAUGUACCUGCAACCCAGAUAUGAAAGAAGCUUGUGGAAAAGAAUGUUUGAACAGAUCGAUGCUUUUUGAAUGCCAGCCAUCAUCCUGCCCAUGUGGAUCAAGGUGCACAAAUCAAGUCAUCCAGAAGGGUAGUUGGUAUAAUGGCUUGGAACGUUUCAAAACUAAAGACCGAGGUUGGGGCAUUCGAAGUAAUGGACGAAUAAACAAAGGUUCAUUUAUAUUGGAAUAUGUGGGUGAAGUAUUGAGUGAAGCAGAGUUUCGCAUUCGUACAAUCGAGCUCUAUCAUGCUUACAACGAUCAUUUUUGUGUUCAACUUGAUGCAACAACCGUCAUUGAUGGGUACAGGAUGGCUAAUGAAGGACGUUUUGUUAAUCACAGUUGUGAACCGAAUUGUGAGAUGCAGAAGUGGUGUGUUAACGGUGAAUACAGAAUUGGAUUAUUUGCUCUUCGACAAAUACAACUUAACGAAGAACUGACGUAUGACUACAAUUUUCAUGCUUAUGAUAUCGAUGCAAGACAAGUUUGCAGAUGUGGAUCGCAACAUUGUCGUGGAUUCAUUGGUGGAAGGGAUCAAUGUUCUUUAGCUUCAAUCAAUAACAAUGAAGAUUUGUCUUCUGCUCAACCAUCAGUCAGUGUUAAGUCUGCAAAACUCGGAUUGAAACGCACAAAAGGAGCAUCGCGUCACACGAAGGAUGAUGAUAUUGGAACGAAAGAAUUCAGUAUCCUGCAGAUGAAGCCAAUAUCAAAACAAGAUAAAGAAUUCAUCAGAUUCCGACAGUUAUUUCUUCUUCGCAAUUUAACACAGGUAAAGAAAAAGGAGGAACAACUUAUGAAAGUGAAGAAAAAUGAAUCAGAUGACUCAUCAGCAAUGUCAUCUUCUAAUACCAAAUCCAAGUCAAAACUGAAGAAAACUCAGCAUUCAAAAGAGGAAAGUGAAAAAAUUGAAGCAGCAUUAACAGAGAUGUAUACUGCCAUUGCAACAUGCAAAGAUCAGAACGGAGUAUCAGUUGCAAUUCCAUUUAUGAACUUGCCAUCGAAAAAGAAGAACCCAGAGUAUUAUGAAAGAAUAUCAGAUCCCAUUGAUUUGAGUGUGAUCGAACGAAACAUCGUAUCUAAUCAUUACAAAGAUAUUGAAACAUUUAAUAGUGAUGUUCAAAGGGUCUUCAAGAAUGCUGAAAAAUAUCAUGGAAGAAAAUCCACACUGGGUAAAGAUGUUAGUCGUCUGCGUAAAGCAUAUGCCAACGCAAGAGGUGCUGCCAUGUUGCUGCUUAACGGACACAAAAAGGUUGCAGCCUCGUCAGAACUAUCGAGCGAAGAAGACAUUGAUGAGGCAGAUGAACAUAUUCACAGGAAAAAUGAAGAUCAUAUUCGAUGUAUCUGUGGUAUAUACAAAGAUGAAGGAUUGAUGGUACAAUGUGAGAAAUGCUAUGUGUGGCAACAUUGUGAUUGCAUGGGUGUGAAGCCAGGCAACACAGACUGUUACAUGUGUGAAGAAUGCGAUCCUCGACCUUUCUCAAGAGAAAUCAAGGUUAUUCCUCCACCGCCCCACACUCCAACUGGACAUACUUUUUAUAUGACAUUGCUUCGGGACAAUCUUCUAGUAAAACAAGGUGAUUGUGCGUAUCUGAUGAGAGAUCACAGAUUACGUCAGAACAGCAAUACUCUUUCUAUGCGAGCAUCAAACAGAAAACUUACUAACAUUCCACAAGAUAAACUUGAUAUUUUCCGGAUCGAGCAGUUAUGGACUGAUGAGAGAGGUGACAAAUAUGCAUAUGGUCAUCAUUUUCUGAGACCACAUGAAACUCAUCAUUCUCCCUCUCGUACAUUCUAUCACAACGAAUUAUUUGCUUCUCCUUUUAAUGAAAUCAUCCCAUUAGAAGCAGUUGUUGGAUUAUGUUGUGUGAUGGAUCUUUAUACAUAUUGCAAAGGAAAGCCAAAAGAUUACAAGAUGUCUGACAUAUUCAUUUGCGAUUUCCGAGUGGAUAAAGCAGCCGGUUUAUUCACAAGGAUUACGAAGAAACGUUUUCCUAUCUGCACCAAACCCCAUGUGUUCGACAUGUAUAAGCAUAGAAUAUGUCCAAAGAAGAAUUUUCAACCACAUCAAGUUCCAGAACACUACAAAAAAUCAUCAGGGCGGCCACCUUCGAAUACUGAAUCAUUACAUGAAGAUGUACAAACUAUAGAUUCUGAAUAUUGCCACGUAAACAAUAACGAAACGGAACAUGAAGAUGACAAUAGAGAUGAAAUACAUGUUGGGUCUUCUAUUUGGAGAAAAAGACAAAGAUUGAAUAGAAUUGCUCAUCAGCUCUUGAGUAAACAAGCUGAUGUCUCGUAUUCGGUGGAGCCCGGGAAUACUAAACGUCAGAGAAAGAAAUCUCAGCUAUCAGUGUAAAGUCUCAGUCAAAAAAGAUGGAAGGACACAAACUUUAUUUCAUGUGAAUGAGGGUUACGCAAAGAAUAAUAAUCCAUACAAGAUAACCUGGAGAUGUGUUUGUAUAAUAUUGAAGCUUCUUCUGUGCAAAGGCCAAAAUUGCUCAUUUUUUUAUUCUCGCUUUGACUAAAUAUUUUGGGAAAUUUCCCUAAAGUUCACAGACUAUUUUAUAAUGUUGAAUUUAUGAUCGACUUCUUGGGUAUCUGGAGUAGAUUUGAAUGGAACUUGCACGCAGUCUGUACUUGUCUGAACUCUCCUUCUUUGGUAGUUUCAGUAUUUUUUCUUUCUUUUUUUUCAGCAGUAUUUUUUCUUGUAAUCAUCCUGUUGUUCGCGCACUUAAUCCCCUGCAUGUCAAUUACUCAUCUUUAGAUUGCUAGCCUGGUACUAUGUGAUGAAUUGUUGGCAAAGUAGAUUGAAGCUCUAUCCGCCUAUAUAGUUCGUCUACCUGAAGUUUAUCAUAGCUGGAAAUCCUACUCACCAUACAUAAAUGACUUUCUGAUUGAUGGACAUUUUUGGUGUUCCUGAAGUAUGCGUACCAAGAUGGCGGACACCGGAACGUAGUAUGUGUAGAGCUGGGCCAUAAUCUUAUUCCAAUUUUCUUUUCUUUAGUUCUAUUAAGAGUUCAGGGACUAACCAAGUGACUCCCAUAGUAUUUGUACCUGAAACUAUGGCCCAAACCUAACCUGAUACACAUACUACGUUUCAGUGUCUGCCAUCUUGGUAAUCAUACUUCAUAAGUACCCAUUUUGUUAUGAAAACCUUUCAUUAACCUUGUUAGAUUACUUAUGAUUAGACAAUUGUGCUGUACUACCUUCAGAUUCUGCGAAGUAGAACUAUGUUACAAUACUGUUUUGAAUGCCAAUUCUAUUGUGACUGUCAUGGAACUUAUACGCUUUACUAAUAUGCUACUUGUCCCUUUGCAGCAUCCAUGAAUAUAAAUAUAUUAUGAGUCACAAGUACCAAAAAUAAUGAAUGAUGAAAUAUUAGUUUAUUGUUAUGGAAUCUGAUCUUUGAUGCAAGAAGAUCGAAAUGCAUCAGAAAUUUAGAUACUUUUUAUGAUUAAAGUUGGCUAGUCGACCAAAGUUGUAAAUGCAAACUUUUGCCUGAAAUUGAUAUGUUUGAAGGAUUGUGUAUGUUUGUAAUGUGAAACAUAUUUACAGAGAUUCUGGUUAAUAUCUGUACUUAGAAAUGGUGUGGUCUCCAGUUAAGUUGUAAUGUUUCAUUUUAGUUUGGAAUCUGCCAUAAUUAUUUGUUGAUUAUGUCAAAAAUGAUUGGUUCCAAGAUUUUAGAAUUCUAGUGGAGUGAGGAAAGAAUUUGUUGGUUGCUCCCUCAACUGAUCUAUUUUUACUCGUGUAUCAAUAAUCAAAUUUGCUGUGUGGUGUAUCGUAUCAUAUGGAAGAGGAAUGUAACAUGUUUGAGCUUAAGAUCCAGUUUAAUGAUAUACAAUUUGAGUGAUACUUCUAUGGAUAAUGCCAGUUACCUAUGCUGACUUUUCAGUUAUUGUUAAUCAUGCUUUCAGCUGAACACUUUUCUGUAUACUCCAAUUAUUAUCAUCGCUAGCCUCAAUGCUCUGUUGCAAUUUUGUUCCCCUUGGGAUUCCCAUAUGCUCUUCACAAAUAUCUUGUAUACACGUUUUAAAUCAGUCUUUCAUGUUUUAAUCAUUUUAUGGUUCUUUCAUGUUCCCUGCAUAAUUUUAUGAACUUGCUCUGAUCAUUGAUUAAGCUUUUCUUUUGUGCUAUAUUGUAUAAUGAUUUUCAUGCAGCUUUUAGAGAUGUGCGCAGUUCUGCACGAUCAUAAAUUUGUAAUUUAAAUUUGUUGCUUUCAAUGCUCUGUAUGAGUGUGAUGUAUAAUAUACAUAUAUAUACUGUA